UUUUAUUUAUUUUUUUUUUACAGAAAAUGUCACAACUAUAAAAACCAUGAACGCCACUGGCUGGCAAUGCUUUAAGUAACAUCUAUAACUGUCCAACAAUAGAAAUAAAGAAAUAUAGAAUAAAACUAAAAUGUGCUUAUCAUCACACUCAAUUGCGCAAAAAAGCCAAAGAAAAAGCAAAACACACUUGUGGUGUUCAUCGUUCUAAUCUCUCAAACGGCGGUUUUGAAACUUUAAAAAAAAAAAAAAAAAAAAUGACCACUUCAAAAAAUUCCAAGCUCUCUAAAUAGCACCAUCACAGUGUAGUAAGCCGGCGUGCUCAUCAUGCUUUAUUCCUGAAAAGUACACCGAUGGCCAAAACGCAAACCUUCCUAUCUGGAAAAUGUACUUCGAGAAUGAUUCAAUUAAAGUGUAUCAAACCAAAGUUCAAUGAAAAAAUGUGCCUACCGAAACGUUUGAAAAGAUUAAAUGCAACGGUGUUGUAUUGGAAAAAAAAUACCUGCAGCAAAAGAAGUGUACUGGAGUGGAUUUUUGUCCUGGUUGUAGUCUUUGUAAAAUUCUACAAACUUAACCUCAGUGAUUCUUUUUGUCCCGCUAGAGGGAGCCAAAGUAGCACACUUGAUUCCCUCAUUUUAAGUAAUUUGAUGACAACCUGCAUGACCAAACAAAUAGCGAGUACUUGAACUAUUAUUAUUAUUAUUUUAUUUAUUUUCUUUUUUUUUCCCCAGCUCAGUUUCCUUGGCGGAACGUCGGGAAUCUGAGGGGAACGACAUCCUUGACUUGACUUAAAGAGAUUUUUUUUUUUGCCAAUAAAUUUGAACUCGGUAUUGUAGACAGUCGGGUGACGCGAACUUGUAAACAAAUCAGAGUUUUCAUUGUAAUCCAGAAGAAGACACCACAACACCAUCAAACAUGAAACUCUGAGAGUGCCGGUCCAAGACCCAAAAUCUUUGUGGGAUGGCGAUCCCACCAUGAAGAGAUUCACAGGAUCCCAUACUGGCGUAAUUGACAUUGAUCUCAUUUUCUCGCCCCCAGCAGCCAUGCCGGCAAGAACGCCCACCCCAAUAAGCAAGAGGAAAAAGGCCACCAAAGUCAUCGUUGACUUAUCAAAAAUCUCUCAGGACGAGUUCGAGCCCGUGGUGAAGAUAUCCGAGUUCGACUUGGGGAGAAAGAUCGGAACGCCAAAGGACAUCAUGCUGGAGGAGUUGUCGCUGCUCAAGAACAAAGGCUCCAAGAUGUUCAAGAUGAGGCAGCAGCGGGUGGAGAAAUUCAUCUACGAGAACAACCCCGACGUCUUCGUUGGCGACUCCGUGGACGAGUUGCAGAAGUUUGUCCCGACGGUGGGCGGUCACACGAUACACCUGGGCGGGUAUCUCCUCAGCAAGGAUGCCAGUCAGAGGCAUUACGGAGGGAUGCCGUUCGGAGGGGGGGGGCCCGUGCCUCCCCCGAAGCCCGGGAACGAGGGCGGAGAAGCCGGAGGAGUCGGCGGGGGGGCGCAGCGCGGGAAAGACGGACUCCACGGAGGAUCUGGGGAAGGAUCCACAGCGAAAGAUGGCGGCGGAAAAGAUGCGGCAUCGAAGAUGGCCCCCAAGACCUACAUCUCGCCUUGGGAGAAGGCCAUGAAGGGUGACGAAGGUUUGCUUGCGACCCUGAAAUGGACCAUGCCCGGUCCCGUUCAUCAUAUUGAACUGCGCAAGUACAAAUGCUUUAACAGGACUGCCAUGCCAUACGGGGGAUUUGAGAAGGCUCUCCAGUUCAUGAAAUUCCAAAUGCCGGACACCGAGAAGACCAAAGUGGUGGCCGAGCCCACGGUCGUGUACGGGCACGAGAUCAACCUGCGGCCUUCUUUCAACCGCACGCCCAUCGGCUGGGUGGGCAGCGGCGAACCCAGCAGCAUCCACGUGGAUCUGGACAGCGUGCCCUACGACGGCGAGACGGAGGAGCUGUGA